AUUAGGGGGGUGAUGAGGGUGUGCGUUUGAAAACACCACCCGGCCCUGGAGUGGGCGUGGCUGGGAGGGGCUUGGAUUUCUGCCAAAGCCCCUUGAUUGGAGUACACAGUGUAAGGCCAGUCACAGCUUGCCUUCUCCUCUAAGCUGUCCCUGGUCACAGCUUUGGCGGGGACUUACCCACCCAUCUCACCAGCAGCAUGAAGCCUGCACUGCUUUUCCAGCUCCUGUUGUUGACUUGCUUAGCACCACAGCUGGUGUCUGGGAGUCCCAAGCAACAUUUUUUGAGGUAUAUCUUGGAACCUCCACCCUGCAGAUCAGAUCCUGAAAACUGUACUCAUUUCUGCACAUUGCAGGAAGAUUGCCAUCCAGGAUUUCAGUGCUGUUCUGCCUUCUGUGGCAUAAAGGGUUCCCCUCAACUGACCAUUCCUGCCCUGGAGACCCUGGUGUUGGCUGGGAAGAUCAGGCUUAGAAACCAGCCUCACUGA